AAUCGAUAUUGGAACAUAAAGAAAGGACCAAUCACAAGUGUCUAAUUUACAUGCAGUUACAUGAUUGGUUGGCAAUAUUAAGUUUUUCGGCAUUUUUAUUUAGGUUAGGUUUGUCUAACACGUGUGUUUAUUAAAAAUAUUUUUAUCGUAAACUAUAUAUUGGAGGAAAUAAACAUAAAAUAAAUUUGACAUUAUGUCUAAGCGUCCAGAACUUAUGGCACCACCUGAGGUGUAUUAUAAUGAAACAGAAGCAAAGAAGUAUACACAAAGCUCCCGUAUGAUAGAUAUCCAAGUACAAAUGUGUGAACGUGCUAUAGAACUUCUUGUUUUACCUGAAGAUCAAUGCUGUUUACUUUUGGAUAUUGGUUGCGGAUCAGGUCUUAGUGGUAGCGUAUUGGAAGAUCAGGGACACUUAUGGAUUGGUGUUGAUAUCUCUUCAUCUAUGCUUGAGGUAGCUAAAGAUAGAGAAACGAAUGGCGAUUUGAUCCUAGGAGAUAUGGGUCAAGGAUUGCCAUUUAAGGCUGGUGCAUUUGACGGUGCUGUCAGUAUUUCUGCAUUGCAGUGGUUAUGCUAUGCAAAUAAGGCUUCGCACAAUCCUACAAAGCGUUUGUAUCGUUUCUUUUCGACGUUAUAUGCAUGUCUGUCAAGAAGCGCCAGAGCAGUAUUACAGUUCUAUCCAGAGAACAGUGAACAAGUUGAAUUAAUUACUGCACAAGCUACAAAAGCUGGCUUUUUUGGUGGUGUGGUUGUCGAUUACCCAAAUAGUACAAAAGCGAAGAAAAUGUUCUUAGUUUUAAUGACUGGAGGAGGUUCCACUCCAAAAGCACUAGGUACAGAGACUGAAGAUAGACAAACCGUCGCUAACUCGAAAAGGGAAUAUAUUAAAAAUGCCAGAGGUAAACCAUUGAAGAAAAGUAGAGACUGGAUAAUAGAAAAAAAAGAAAGGAGGCGACGACAAGGAAACGAAGUGAGAGUUAAUACUAAAUAUACUGGACGAAAAAGAUCUGGACGAUUUUAAGGUAUACUAAAAUAUAAAGUAUUUUUAAAAUAAUUUCUCUUCGUAGUUAAUUAUAAAUAAUAAAGUUUAUAAAAACUAACUGAUAUUUGUUUCUGAAUCAAUCCAAGUUGGUAAUAAGGAAAGUCAAAAUAAACGAGCGUGCUUUAAUUUAAUUUUAUUAUAUUAUUAUUUAAGUAAACAACAUAAAUUGUGAGAUACUUUUUUGCAUUCCAAGGGGUAAAACUUUUUUGAAUUCUGUAUCAUCUAACCAUUGAUAUUUUACAUUACUAACAACAUUUCCAUCUAUAUAUUUUGCUAAAAAAUAAAAUAUUUUAGCACCAUAAAUUCCUUGCUCAUUAAAUUUCUUGGGAUAUUUGUAUUUAUAAAAUCCAAUAGGUGCAUUGCCAUAAAACUUGGCUUUUAUUUCUGUACCACAUAUAUCUUGUAAUACUCUUUCUGCAGUCUGCAAAAAAAUAAGUUAUCAAAUGAUAUCAAACUUUUUUAUCUUUGGCAAUUUUAUUGUAUGUAUGUAUGUAUCUAUGAAUGUAUCUAUUUGUGUGUGUGUGUGUAUACAAUUAAUUACAGAGAAAAAUUAUAAACAUACUUGUCUCAUGGUCUCUCCUUCCUUUCGAAUACCUUGAGGAGGUAUCCAAUAAUAUGUAUUACCCACUUUUUGUUGUAUUAAUAAAAGUAGAUUUUUGUCCAA